UAGGCAGACUUUAACUUCAAGUAACAUUAAGGAGAUCAACAGAAAUAGUUUAUAUUCCAAACCAGUGUUUUGAUGAGGACCCGGCCAUUUGCUGUCAAUGCUAAAAUCACCCCAGUGAUUCAAUCUGGGCUUGCUCCAUUACAAGAAUUUUGCUGAUAUGACAAACAAGAUUUGCUGAUAUUGACAAGAUGAUUGAUACCUGAUAAAAACAGCAAUGGACAAUCCAGAGGCUACCUGUCAAGAAGAUGCAUUUGACUUUGACCUCGUUGAAACAGGUUGUUAUGGAAGUGUUACAGCGAUCUCUAAGGACAAGAAUUCAAUUAAACUGAAUCAUGCUUGGUCGAAAAAAACAUUACCUGUGGGACUUCCCCCUGUGCUGCCUGACUGGAGAGCGGAUGUUGAACACUACCUCACCUGUCCAGAGAAACUACCAAUACACGACACAGCAAAAUCACAAAAAUUCUGGCCUAGAGAAAGUUGUCCAGACAACCUAUACUCAAUUGACCUGUGUCCACUCCAGACGACCAUACAAGUGGAGAGGAACCCCACCACUGGUCAGCUGUUAGGGUAUAAAGAGGAGUACUUGACGGACACAGGAAGUACCAGCAAAACAUCCCUGUCUCUGAAACGUGCACCAGGACCCCCCUCACAGGAUGUUCGUGGCAACACACUCAACAUACCAUUCUGGCCAGGAGGACUUGAUGAACCAGAUUUAGAAAAGACCACCAUAGAAAAUGUUGAUUUGAACUCUGAGAUGAAUCUUGAAUCCGAUCUCCUGAAUGUAGCCCCUGGAAUGAAAUCUGGAGUGACCUUUGACCUUCACCAGUCUAACAAAAGUUCAGCGGUCAAGAGUAGUACUGACCAGAACACACCUCAGUCAGUAAUAAACCUUGCUGACAUCCUAGCUCAGGAUAUAGAUGACCUUGACCUUGGUGAAGCUGAAGGUGCUGAGGAACCAGAAGAACCAGAAGAGAAAUUGGAGACUGUUGUGAUUAGGAAAAGUGAGAGCCUCGAAAAUUUGGUACAGGCCACUGACAGAGGCCCGGACACUGACACGGUAAAGGUCAAGGUCAAACCGGUGGUCAAAGAGGAAUGGGCCGUCAGUGUAGAUAUUGACGCUCCAGUGGAGGAUUUCUACAAACGCAUUCCAGACAUGGCAUACAAGUGGCCAUUUGAGCUGGACGUUUUCCAGAAGCAAGCUAUUCUUCACCUGGAGGACCAUGAUAGUGUGUUUGUGGCAGCACACACAUCGGCAGGGAAGACAGUGGUGGCAGAAUAUGCCAUUGCUCUGUCUCUAAAACACAUGACCAGGACAAUAUAUACAUCACCUAUUAAAGCAUUAUCCAAUCAGAAGUACCGAGACUUCAAACAGACGUUCAAAGACGUGGGACUCAUUACUGGUGAUGUUCAGAUGAAUCAGACUGCAUCCUGUCUCAUAAUGACUACUGAAAUCCUCAGGUCUAUGUUGUACAACGGUUCUGAUGUAAUCCGGGACCUGGAGUGGGUGAUCUUUGAUGAGGUCCACUACAUUAAUGAUGCUGAUAGAGGUGUUGUAUGGGAGGAAGUCCUUAUCAUGCUUCCCAAGCAUGUCAAUAUCAUUCUCCUAAGUGCUACAGUACCCAACACUAUUGAGUUUGCCGACUGGAUUGGGAGGACAAAGAGGAAGAAGAUCUAUGUGAUCAGUACCCUGAAGCGGCCUGUCCCCUUAGAACACUUCCUGUAUACCGGUAACAGUGGCAAGACAAGUGACCAGCUCUUCCUUCUUGUGGACCACAAGAAAACCUUCCUCACAAACGGCUAUAGCAAAGCAUUAGCAGCAAAAAAAGAAAGAGCAAGUAAAAGUUCCCAGAACUUUGGAGCCAAAGGAACUAGGGGAGCUCAUCCUAACCAGGAUAAGAACAUUUGGACCUCUGUGAUUGAUAUGCUGAAGAAGAAAGAUAAACUGCCAGUUGUUGCUUUCACAUUCUCUAAGAAAAAGAUUGAGGACAAUGUCAACAACCUCCACAGCCUUGACCUCACCACGCAAAAGGAAAAAAGUGAAAUUCACAUCUUCUUCCACAAGUCUAUCACACGGUUAAAAGAUCCAGAUAAAAAACUCCCACAGGUGAUGCAAAUGGAGGAUCACCUGAAGCGUGGCCUGGGCAUGCACCACAGUGGUAUACUUCCCAUCCUGAAGGAGGUGGUGGAGAUGCUGUUCCAAAGAGGACUAGUUAAGAUCUUAUUUGCUACGGAGACGUUUGCCAUGGGUGUAAACAUGCCAGCCCGUACAGUGGUGUUCGACUCCAUUAGAAAGCAUGAUGGGACAUCGUUCCGUGACCUGUUGCCAGGGGAAUACAUCCAGAUGGCCGGAAGAGCAGGACGUAGAGGGUUGGAUACCACGGGGACAGUGAUCAUUCUCUGUAAGGGGGAUGUACAGGAGAUGUCCGAUCUUCACAAAAUGAUGCUUGGGAAGCCGACCAAGUUGGAGUCCCAGUUUCGCCUGACUUACUCUAUGAUCCUCAAUUUGUUACGAGUGGAGCAGCUCCGCGUAGAAGACAUGAUUAAGCGCAGUUUCUCCGAGUUCCACUCACAGAAGGAUACUAUCAAACAUAAGAACGCCCUUGAAGAGCUCCACUCCAAGGUGGCUAACAUUACAAACAUUGAGUGUUUCCUGUGUUCUGUAGAUUUGGAGAAGUACUACCAGAGUUGCAAGGAGUACCACAAAUCCAAGAAAGAACUACAGACCAUUGUACUGUCACAUCCAACAGCGAUUAAGUUACUCGGUGCUGGGCGAGUGGUGGUUGUUGACAAUGCCAGUCACAGCAAUGUUCUAGGCAUAGUACUACAGACCUCUAGCUCUAGUAGUGACCGAACUUUCACCUGCCUCGUCAUUUGUGAUGACAAACAUAAAGAAGGUCAAGGUGAGACAAAGUCUGAUGGUAACAUUGGGCUGCAGGUUACCCCUGUAUUGAGUAAUACCCUCUACCGGCCGGAGGGUGUGUGCUGUCAUCAGCUGGUAGUUCUUAAAGCAGAGGAUAUCGGUAUGAUCACAACAAAGACCAUACGAGUGGAGGCGGAUAGGAUAGUCAACGAUGUACGCAAGAGGCAGCAACCACGAUUUAGAGAUGAUCCUCCCAAUCAAGCAGUGUCCAUAGCAACUCAGGAGCUGUUGAGACUAACAGAGGGAAACCCACAGGGACUGCCUGGCCUUGACCCUGUGAAGGACCUUCACCUUCGUGACAUUGACAUGGUAGAACAGUUUCGGGCGUUUACCUUCCUAGAAGGAAGUUUAAAGACAUUCCAGUGUGUCAACUGUCCAAGGUUUCAGGAACAUUUUGGUCAGCUAAGCAGUAAUAUGAAACUGAAGGAUGAAUACAUCCAUCUAAAGUUUUUAUUGUCUGAUGAAAGUCUCCAGCUUCUUCCCGAGUACCAGCAAAGAAUAGAGGUCUUGAGAGCCUUGAAUUACAUUGAUGCUAACAACACAGUACAGCUGAAGGGGCGGGUAGCCUGUGAGAUCAGUAGUCAUGAACUAAUGAUCACUGAACUAGUGUUUGAGAACGCACUUACUGAACUCCAUCCCACAGAGAUUGCUGCCCUGUUAUCCUCAGUUGUAUUCGAACAAAAGAGGGCCAGCGAACCUAACAUUAUUGACACCCUAGAGAAGGGUAAGGAGCGCAUUUUGGAGAUUGCCGACGGGAUCACUGCUCUUCAGAAGCAGAUGGGCAUGUUACUUGGGGCCGAGUACAAGGAAACGUUCAAGUUUGGACUCAUGGAGGUCGUGUUUGAGUGGGCUAGGGGCAUGCCUUUUGCGGAGAUCACAAAUCUGACCGAUGUCCAAGAGGGUAUCAUUGUGCGGUGUAUACAGCGCCUACAUGAGACACUGAGGGACGUGAGAAAUGCAGCAAGAAUUAUUGGUGAUCCAGUCCUCUAUCAGAAAAUGGAUGAAGCCUCCUUCAUGAUUAAAAGAGACAUUGUUUUCGCAGCAUCAUUAUACACACAGUGAAUGAAAUUACACAAAUAUUCUAAUGAAAUAAAUAUUGAAGACAUCAAUAUAUUUUGGUGUAUAAUGACAUCCAAGAAAUUAUUCAUUGUAGAAAAUUGCACACAUAAAUACACAUACAGCACACUG